AUGACUCUGCUUCCACGCUUCCAGCUGUUCGAAAUCGAGGAUAUGCCAUGGUGCCCGUCAUGGCUCCGAGAAUAUUCCCACCGAUCUCUUCACCAAAUGUGGAAUACAGUCGGACCAGGCAAGAAAAGUUCGACUGCUGCCCAGGCUUGUGACAUUAUCGUGUCCAAGCUGCCCUCCAAGCCCAGUGCCUACACAUUUGUUGACGCUUGUGCGGGUGCCGGUGGCCCAACACCUAUGCUAGAGAGUAAUCUCAACGCGCUGUUACCUGCAACUGGCGGCAAACCUGUGCGGUUCUUGCUGGCAGAUUUGUACCCGGAUUGGGCCGCGUGGAAGAAGAUCACUUCGGCCUCGGAAAAUAUCUCAUACAUGGACAAGCCCGUCGACGCGACGACAACAACUCGCUAUGUCGAUGAUAAUACCCUUGAAUGUCGCCUCUUCAACCUCUGUUUUCACCACUUUGACGAUGACCAGGCCGCCAAAGUCCUGCAGUCCUCUGUUGAAGGCUCUGAUGCAUUUGUAAUACUCGAAAUGACUCAGCGCAGCAUGCCUGCCUUGAUUAACACGUCCAUUGUGAUUCUAUCUCCGAUCAUCACAACGCUUCUAUGGUUUUGGUGGUCUCCUCUGCAUAUUCUUUUCACCUAUAUCAUUCCUAUAGUGCCUUUAUUCUUCGCCUGGGAUGGCUACGUAUCUUGCAUUCGCACAAGAUCCGGUAAAGAAAUUAGAGCUCUGAUUGCAGAGCAGGAGCAGCGUGGUCUGGACGUGAGCGAUUGGACUUUCCAUCACGAAUCUAAGGUAGCCUCGAGUAUAUUUCACAGCUGA